UAACUUCAGUCGCCCGACGCAUGCGUUGCGUGCGCAUUUGCUUUGCUGAAUCCGUGAAUUGAUCGCGAUCUCGACUCGAGGUUAAACAUUUUCAUUUAUCUGCUUUAUACGGAUAAACUAUGGCUGGGAGAAGUGCUUCUUCGUUAUGGAUGGGAGAUAUUGAUCAGUACAUGGACGAGAGGGUGAUUGCUGAAGCCUUCAGUAUGAUGGGAGAACAUGUUUUAUCAGUUAAACUUCUCAAAGAUCACAAGACUGGGCAGAACAGGAAUUAUUGUUUUGUUGAGUUGACAAGUAAGGAAGCCGUCCCCUUGGCUCUCAGAAAACUCACUGGUUUGCCGCUACCAAACUAUCCUGCAAAGCGAUUCAAGUUGAAUUAUUCUCUUCGAGACCAGGGCAACACAUUUCAGCCGGCAGGACAAGGAGCCUCAUCCAGUAAUCCAAGUCCAUACGGUAAAGAGUUCUCCAUCUACGUUGGUAACCUCAACACAAGUACAACUGAUGAAGAAUUAUUAGCCCUCUUCUCACAUUAUAAGUCUAUUAAGGAAGCAAAGAUUGUCCGAGAUGAUAGCCAGAAUUCCAAGGGCUUUGGCUUUGUACGCUUCUUCAAUGAUACCGACCAAGAAGCCGCCAUCAUGCAGAUGAAUGGAGCCGUAGGUCCCAUGGGUGUCACAUUGAAAGUAGACAGAGCACAGCCAAAAAAUAGGGAUAUGAAUCCCGGGGGUACAACCGGCGGCAUGAUGCCCAUGGCUAGCGGGGCAACGAUGGCAGCGUAUGCCAACCAGUACCAGACCGCCCAGUAUCCCUACCAAGGUGGUAUGGAUCCGUAUGCAGGUUACUCACAGAUGGGUCAACAGAUGCAGCAGCAACAACAGCAGCAGGCCUACCAACCUCCGGUCCAAGCGGCCCCCACUCCAGCCCAGCAAACACCCACGCCACAGCCUGCUCAGCAACCGGCUGCGGCUGCCGCCAAGAAUGAAGAAGAUGAUGAGACCCUUGAAGAUCACAGUGCACCGGUGAACAUGGUAGCCACAAACCUGGCCUACAUUCAAGCCAACCAAGAUUUUUACAAGAAGCUCGCGGAGUCCCGUUGGCAUCCUGUCACCUCCUACUCGGCCACAAUAGAAGAAGUCUGCAAAUAGAGGGCGCUAGUACUUGAAGCCCUUCCCAUGCAGAGUAGCAACAAUCUAGACAGCUGAAAUCCGUCUUUUUGGAGAAACAUUUUAUGACUUGGUUUCUCCUGCAUAGACUAUGAGCUAACUCACAUACAGUUUGAGGGACCUGUACCCCAUAAGCUCAAUGUAUCAUUCUCAUAAAAGCAGGGGCUUUGGUUUUUCUUCAAUAAUUCUUUAUUAUGUUAUGAAGUUGCAUCGAGGUGGUGCUGAGUUCUAAAACUUUUAUCAUUCAUGGACCUAUUCUGCACAGACUACAAGCUAAUUUACAUACAGUUUGAGGGAUCUGUACCCCAUUAGAUCAAUGUUUCAGUCUCAUAAAAGAAGGGGCUUUGGCUUUUCUUCCAUGAUUCUUAUUUUGAUAUGAAAUUGCGCCGAGGUGGUGUUGAGUUCCAAGACUUUGAUCAUCCAUGGACCUAUAUUUUCAAGAAAAAAAUUUGGAUUAAAUCUAAAAAUUAAUAACUAAGUUUUUUGGGUAUAGGUUUCCUUGUACAGAGUAGGAGAAUGACUUAAAUCUAUGAAGGAGGUCUAGCGACAACACAUAGUCCAACAAAAGAAACAGCGAUUGAAACUUCCAGUCAUCAAGGUCGUCUGACAUUCCUAAACACAAUCGCCCGUAUUCUAAACUAUGAUUUAACUUAGACCACGGUCUAGCUCUGUACUGGAUUUAUGAAGAGCCAAAAACUCAAAAAUUCUGUUUACAUUGUAUAUUUCAUGUGUGUACUGUUUUGUUUCCAUUUGCUUUCAUAAUGAAGAAAAAUACCUAACUGAUCAUUCCCAGCAGUUAUGAAUGAUUUGAGUGUCAUGUUGAGUUAAUAAAUUGAACGUGUACUGAUAGAGAUUUGUCUCCCAAUUGGCCAUCCAUAGUGUUAAACCACAGCUAUAAACCAUAGUUAAACUUAAACCCGAGUUCAGACUACAGGCCAAUAUAACAUUACCAUUAUUUUUCUUGCAGAUGAGCAUGUGUUUUGGGGGCUCCAAGGCCCUUAUUCUGAAGUGUAAUUUAAUUUAAACUCUAGAUUUAAGUUGUAGUUUAACUAUGGAAAGCCAGUUGUUACAUAAAUCUCUAACAGUAAAGGUUCAAUGUAUCAGCUCUCUGACUCCCAAAACAUUAUUAAGUGCCUGGGUUAAGUAUGGCAAUUGUCUUCACCAUUAAAGAAUUAGUGAAGAGCACUGUUAACAUGAGAAGCAAUCACUGUAAACAAAAGUUUGAAACAUUUGGCUUUCCAUAAUUUUAGCACAGAAAAAGCCCGUGGCCUAAGCUAAAUCUGACUUCAGAGUACGGCCAAUUAUUUGUGUAAAAGUUGAAACACAGUGGUUCAUGUUGUUGCUACUCUUCUCUUGUAAAGAUAUUGUAUUCCCAAAUUGGUGUCUUGUGUAUUUAUGUGCCUGUUUGCAGCCAACAACGGGACCUUGGAAUACUUCACUCAGUACAUAAUGUCAAUGAAAGGAAAGAUUCUGAGGCUCCAAGACCUAAGUGACUAAUCAGAAAUGUAUCUGGUGUUGUUGCUACUCUAAUAUACCUCGCUGCCCUUCCCACAAAACUCAUUGGAUCAUGAUAUGUAUUCUGAACAUUGCAGGAGCUGGGAUGGCUUAAGACCGAUGAAAAGAAUAGUUUAGAUGGAACACAGAAAAAGAUGGUUGUAUGUAUGAAAACUCAAAAUAACCCCCCCCCCCAAAAAAAAAAAAAAACAUUUACAAGAACCAGGCUUUAUUCCAGUUGAAAUUUUCAAAAGCUGCAGGUUAAAUAUCAACAAGUAUUAAUUAUAAGUAAAUUCUCAAGAAGUAAUAAUGUAGGCACUUAUUUUUUUCAGCUUUCCUACUAUGUAUGUCUUAUAUAUUAUGUUCCU